GAGACUACAGUGCUCUGCUUGGCUUGCAAUCUCAGAGAGAGCUCCCCUUGUUGUUGGAGCUAUCAGUGGAGGACUUUACACGACUGGGGAUACCGACGGGGAAAACCUCCCCUCAGUCUGCUGGGGACGUCGACAGAUAAUGUCUGGGCGCUGGACGAGAAUGUGAGGUGCCGGAGGAAGAGCGGAGACUGCUUGCCUCUCCGGUUCACACACAGCCAAAGCCACUUUGAUGCGAACGCUUAGCUAACAAGCUAACAUGGACUUGUUUUCAUAAACUAGCCAGCUAGCUUGCUCGCUGGCUAAAUCAGCGUAAGAAAUUCGCCUGGACAGCGGUAGCAAACAGAAUGAAUGAUACUUAAAUGUGUCGAUACGUCCAAAGGAAGAAUUUGUACGUCACCGACGUUUGAGUGUGUUAAAUGUUUUGGGCUAUGUCGCCCGCUUGGCCGCUAAUUUCCAGGAGGGAAAUUAGUUAGUGCCCAGGCAAGAAGUCUGCACACACCUUGCUACUUUACCUUCUCAAGUUUAUGGUCAUUCUUUGGGAGGGUUUAAUCAGCUACCUAUUGUCGUAAUGAACCCUCGGUGCUGAAGAUGGACAUUUAGGGCAAAGAAAAGGUAAACAAAGAAGAGUAGGCUCCCACUUUUGCUAUCCAGACUGGAGCGAUUGGAUCACACCCGCUGUGUAGAAACUGUAGCCAGUGAAUCUACCGUCGAGGAGAGAGGUUGAUGAUCAUUAUAAAUCGCCCACAUGCCCUGGAUCAAUUCUCGGACUUGUGAAAGGCAUCAGAAGCAGAAGGUGGGAGACGUGAACGCACAACCCUUGCAACCCGGGGGAAGAUGGCGGAGCGUUCCCGUCGGAGCCGGUGAAGCCAAAACUUUGGGACUUCUUGGAUUUACCACCGGGCGUCUUAUCCCAGACUGCAGGACACAUGCAGGCCAAAAAACGGUAUUUAAUUCUAUUCUCCGCCGGUGCGUGUCUCAUUCUCUUGUUCUGCUUCGGGGGGAUACAAGUCCCGCUGUCGAGGCGGGGUCCCACCCGGCGUGAUGACCGCAGCCUCACCGGUUAUCGCUCCGGGGCACAGUGGCGACGCUUCCCGGGAGUCGUGCAGCCCUUCAGCCCCUGGGACCAAGAGGAGAGCGACGGAUACAACGGGCACAUAUCACCUAGGCAGAAGAGGGAUGCUAUCACCGGCGUGUACAGCGGGAAACGCUGCAGGAUGGAAUCCUGCUUUGAUUUCUCCCUGUGUGAAAGGAACGGGUUUAAAGUUUACGUCUACCCCCAACAGAAAGGGGAGAAGAUGUCAGAGAGUUAUCAGAACAUCUUGUCCUCCAUUGAGGGCUCCAGAUUUUACACUUCUGACCCGGGACAGGCCUGUCUGUUUGUCCUGAGUUUGGACACUUUGGACCGGGACCAGCUCUCACCUCAGUAUGUGCACAAUCUGAAAGCAAAAAUCCAGAGCCUACCACUGUGGAAUGGGGGCAAGAAUCACAUCAUUUUCAAUCUGUACUCUGGGACUUGGCCAGACUACACAGAAGACUUGGGCUUUGAUAUUGGCUUUGCCAUGUUGGCCAAGGCCAGCAUCAGCACUGAGAACUUCCGGCCCAACUUUGAUGUCUCCAUCCCUCUUUUCUCCAAAGACCAUCCAAGGACAGGUGGGGAGAGAGGCUACCUGAAACAUAACUCCAUCCCCCCUUUUCGGAAGUACAUGCUUGUUUUUAAGGGGAAGAGGUACCUAACUGGAAUAGGCUCAGACACCAGGAACGCUUUAUAUCAUGUGCAUAACUCUGAGGAUGUGGUCCUCCUUACCACCUGUAAGCAUGGAAAAGACUGGCAGAAGCACAAGGAUGCACGCUGUGAUAAAGACAAUGCAGAGUAUGACAAGUAUGACUACAGAGAGAUGCUCUACAACUCCACAUUCUGUCUGGUACCACGAGGACGACGACUCGGUUCCUUCCGCUUCUUGGAGGCAUUGCAGGCAGCGUGUGUACCAGUGAUGCUGAGUAAUGGCUGGGAGCUACCUUUCUCAGAGAUCAUCAACUGGAAUACGGCCGCUGUGAUUGGGGAUGAACGGCUGCUACUGCAGAUCCCCUCCACGGUUCGCUCCAUCCACCAGGAUAAGAUCCUGUCUCUCAGACAGCAGACCCAGUUCCUCUGGGAGGCCUACUUCAACUCUGUGGAAAGGAUAGUGCUGACCACACUGGAGAUCAUCCAGGACCGGGUACUUCAGCACCCCUCAAGGAGCAGCCUCAUGUGGAAUAGUCUGCCGGGAGGCCUGUUCACACUCCCUCAGUACUCCACAUACCUGGGAGACUUCCCCUUCUACUACGCCAAGCUGGGUAUCAAGCCAUACUCCAAGUUCACGGCGAUCAUUCAUGUGGUGACCCCACUAGUGUCCCAGUCCCAGCCGAUCAUCAAGCUUCUCGUGGCUGUUGCCAAAUCCCAGUACUGUGCUCAGGUGAUAGUUCUGUGGAACUGUGACAAGCCUCUGCCUGCCAAGCACCGCUGGCCUGCCACCUCAGUCCCUGUCAUCGUUAUAGAGGGGGAGAGCAAGGUAAUGAGCAGUCGGUUCCUGCCCUAUGACACUAUCCCCACUGACGCUGUGCUCAGUCUGGAUGAAGACACCGUGCUUUCCACCACAGAGGUGGACUUUGCCUUCACAGUGUGGCAGAGUUUCCCAGACCGGAUUGUUGGGUAUCCAGCCCGCAGCCACUUCUGGGACAGCAACAAGGAGCGCUGGGGCUACACGUCCAAAUGGACCAAUGACUACUCCAUGGUGCUGACCGGGGCUGCCAUCUACCACAGAUACUACCACUACUUGUAUACCACCUACCUUCCAACCAGUCUGAAGACCAUGGUUGACCAGAUUUCCAACUGCGAGGACAUCCUGAUGAACUUCUUGGUGUCCUCAGUCACCAAGCUGCCGCCCAUCAAGGUCACCCAGAAGAAACAAUACAAGGAGACCAUGAUGGGGCAGACCUCCCGGGCAUCCCGCUGGGCCGACCCGGACCACUUCGCCCAGCGUCAGACCUGCAUGAACAAGUUUGCCAGCUGGUUUGGCAGCAUGCCCCUGGUCCACUCCCAGAUGAGGCUGGACCCGGUCCUCUUCAAGGACCAGGUGUCCAUACUGCGCAAGAAGUACAGGGAUAUUGAGAGGCUAUAACCCCCCUGAGCCCCCUCGCUCUCUGGACAUAAUCAGACAUGGAGCGAUGGGGCGGAUGCGCAGAGACACGCAAAGCCUCUCCAUGAUUGCAUUUGGAUUCCGAAGUGAACGGGACGGGGUGCAGGGAAAAAUGGAGAGAGAGACACUAGAACAGAUUGCUAUGUCCUCCAGUCUUCCUCUGUUUCUCCUUUCCUCCCGUUCACUUACGUGCAUUGGUGAGGUCAGCCGUCGGGGUCCAGUGUGACCUUGAUAAACUGGGCUGUAUUUGGCUGCUGCAGACGCACAGCCCCCACUGUGUUGCACCGUGACUGCCGCACACCAACAGAGACCUGAGGACUGCAAACUGAGGGACUCUGGCAUCGCUGAAGUGGUCAAAGUCACGGAGCGGGACAAAGCAGCUCACCGCUUCAACAUCCUAAUGCCGGCAAGCCACUCCCAGCUCGCCCCGACUGAAUCAAACUGUUCCUGUUUGUACUCUAUGCACAGAUUCAAGAGAGAUUUUGCUGCCAGAAUAUUAUUGAUAAUUAUGACGACGAGGAGGAUAACACUAUUUUGGAGUUAGUUUUAGCUAUUUUUUUAUACAAUGAAUGAACGGCCAGCACUACUCUCUCUGUACUGUCUUAAUUAAAAAUCAGUGGCAGGGCGGGUGAAGAGAGGAACGACAACCCCCCUCCCACCCCCCCCCCCCCCCCCCAGCCCCCCCCCCCCCCCCCCCAGCCACAGAACUGAGUUUCGAUCACAGAUCUUAUAUUCACAGUGCCUCAAGAUUAUCCAAUGGCGUUCAGAGCUGGGAGUCCUGAAACAGACUUGGUGUGAAUCAGCACCUUGAUCUUGCUGCUUCCCUUGUUUUUUUUUUGUUUUUUUUUUCCCUCUCCAUGAUUUGUGAUUUUCUUUAUAAAGGGUGAAAUCCUCAUUUUGUUUAAUUUUUCAGAUCAGGAAAAGCAGAACAAUGAAUUUCAUGACAAGUGAACAAACAGAAUUGUCUGUCAGUAUCUGCUAUUUUGAAGAAAUCUUUUUUUUCCCUACUAGAAAACACACCCCGGUCCAGAAUCCACAAGAAUAAAGCAGCACUCAUAAACACUGCUCUGACAAAUCCCCCCCCCUUGAAAAACACUACAGUUCCACUCAUUACAUUUCCACUCAGUUUAUCCUCAGUUUAUACUCAGUUCUCAUUUUAGCAACAAACCUGCAUCAUGCCUGCAUUUUUUAUUCUUCAUGUUUGGAAAGGAUGUAUUAUGUGACAAGUGUGAACCAGUACUUGAAUGUAAGCUAGCCUGAAGAAGGGUAGAGGAGAGGGUCUUAUCGAGUUGCCUUGAUUAAAGGGAGACUAAAAGCUUGCCAGUUGAGCCAAACAACGCUGUGUUUUGAAACACAAGUCUUCUUGGAACCUGAGGAAGGGAUGCUCAGGAUGUUUUUGGGUGUGGUUAGCAAGGGAUAUUUGGUUUUCAUCUCCAGGCCAUGGGCUCCGUUCUAAUUUCAGCCAGUGACAGCAAUUUUGGCAGUAACCCGCACUGACAAGUUCAAGACACAGGCUAGUAAUUUUUCCAUCCAAGGGCAGAAGAAAAUGCAACGGGAGACAGUGUCAGAGUACUGUAUCUUGCCAAGUUGGUAUGAAUAAAUACAACCAGAUUGGUAAGAAUUCUCACUAGGAAUCUGUGUGAUACAGUAGAGCCUGGGUUAUCUGAACCCCAGCUAUCUGAAAGGAUGGGUGACCUGACCAGGCACGCGCAAGGAAAUAUGCAGCAUUGUGAACAUUGCACGUGACUUUGCACACUUUUUGGCAUUUUGUGACUGACUCAUGCCAUAGGAAGCUUUUCAGCUGCAAUAUAGAAUGUACAAAUUUGAAUCUCUGAUAUGUUUACGAGUAAAAACAGCUGUUCAUCUCUGCGGGAUUCAGAUUAGCAAGGAUCUGCUGUACAUAUAGAGACGUGAGGGUUGCUCUCAAACAGCAAAAUGUACAAAGUUUUAACAAGAAGUAUGUUCAGUCAGUGUGACAUGUGUCAGAUUGUUUUAACACGUUUUUCUUGAUCAGCACUUUCAGGACAUUUGUCUCCCAAAUGUGAGCCUCAUGUGUCACAUGCAGCAAAACUGUACAGUCACUGCCGUGGUGAGUCAGGAGAACACGACACUGAAUUUUUUUUUUUUUUUUCUUCAGUUGAAUCCGUAGCCUAAGUGACUGAAAAGGCAGGCUUCCUUAACGCUCAAGCUCCAUUUUCCCUCGGUCUUGAUACGCCAUAUCAGGUUCUCUGCAAAUGUCAGUGUGAUUUAAUUGAACUGGAAUGUGCACGUACGUUUUGAGAUCAUCUUGCAUCAUUGCGUUUUUGUUCAUCUAACUGCCAAUAUGUCCUGCUAAUCCCCCAGAAAGCCAGCCACAUACAUUUCUAUAGAAAUCUCACACCUGCUCUGACAUUUCCCCUGCUAGCUUUAAAGGCUUGGUUUUCCUGGAGGACAACACAAAUGAUCAUUUCUGUUAGCUUCACUGCCCUGUAUGUUUUCCCCCGGGUUGUGCCAAGAGAUCAUUUACAGUUGCGCUAUAGUAUUAUCUUUUCAUCCCCGUUACAAGGAAUGCUAUGCACUCCCAUAUUUAUUUGGUUCAUUAGGAUACAAAUAAUAUAUCCUGUCUGUAUGUGGGAGAGAGAGUGCGUGUGUGAGAGAGAGGAAUGGAGACGAGUGUGUUUGGGAGAGAGAGAGAGAGAGAGAGGCUAACAAAAGAACAGGAAAGGGAGCUGCAUGUUUUUUUGGGUUUUUUUUUUUUUUCCACAUCUGAGAAUGUGCCAUCAGCUUAACAGCAAAUAAACACUCCUGGUAUUGCUAACACAGGGCUAUCAAGACAACUGAGUAUAGUCACAAUACAGAAUCACAUUUCAGAAAUGAUCUGGUGCAAUAUGUAAAGAGAUGACAAUUUCUCUAUCUUUCUCUCCUCUCUCUCCCCCCCAUGUCGUUUCAGGAGGCAGGGGGGCGAUAGAAAUUAAUGUGCCUUCAGAAGAAAGACACUUCUGAGUUUUUGCUUUUUUUUUCCUUUAUCCCAUCUGCCUUGUGCAAGAACCAGGUCCCUGUAUUGAUUAUUUUAGUAGGCUACUUUUGUUUUCUUUAUCGGUGUCCAGUAACACAUAAUGAUUCCCUAGAUGUCAUUGUUUAACACUGGAAUGCUACUAAGACUUAUCACCACACAUCUGUUACUGACAUUCCUGCCUUUUCUGUUGUAGGAACAUUUUGAAGGUCUUGUUAGGCUUACACACACACACACACACACACACACACACACACACACACACACUCACUCACUGUCUUGUAUUACUGUACUUGCAACGACCCAGCAGUCCUCACUUCCAAGUAUAGUAGUGUAAGGACACACACACACACACACACACACACACACACACACACACACACACACACACACACACACACACACACACACAAGUAUUUAUCAGAUGGGAUUCUGCCUCGACUUAAUCUCUGCCUGCUUCCUUCACUCUCUUCUGUAACUGCAAACCUAAUUUUAUAGAGAAAAAGAUGGAAAGAUAGAG